AUGAGUAAAAACGAAAAAAUAGAAAACGAAAUGAAUUAUGCUAAAAAAGAGAAAGAAUUACUAGAAAUACGAGAAGAAACGGGAUUGAACAGAUUUAUGUAUAUAAAGAGUUAUAUAUCUAAUGGGAAUGUGGGAGAAGAAAAAAAGAAUUGUUCAUCAACAGAAGAAGUUCUUCAAGAAAUUGGAAACGGAUAUCAAAAAAUAAAGGAUAAAAAAGAAAUGGGCGAUAGUUUGAAAAAAAAAGAAUCACAACAGAAUGAAAUAAAAUCAAAUAUAGAUUUAGAAAAAAAAAAGCAAUCAGAAGAGAAUAAUUCUAUAUUAUCAUCAGAUUUAGACGAAUAUUUACCAAAAAAAACUAUAUGUGAAGAAUCGAAAGAAAGUUCAGUAGAAGAAAAGGGAUCAAACAUACAAAAAAACCGUUUUAAAUGGUUACGAUCUACAUCAUCAGGAACCUUAAUUUCAUCAUUAACACGAUCACCAUUUUCAGGAAAUAUUGGAUUUUCGAUUAUCCCAUCUCAUAUUCGUAAUAGUUCACAAACAUCAUCUAGUAUUCAAGAAAUAAUCCAGCAACCUAUUUCAGCAGAAAAAAUCUCCAAAACAUCAACAGAAAAAUUACAAGAAGAUUUUGAAAGAAUCUAUAAACAAGUAUCUGGUGAUGAAACUAUUGACUGGGAUUUUUUCAGACUUAUGAUUAAUGAUUAUUCUUUUGUCGCCGAAAAACACAAAGAAGAAUUAUCCAGUGUUAUUUCUUCAGGUAUUCCUCCUGUACUUCGUGGGGUUCUUUGGCAAACUAUGGCUUCUUCUAAAAACACUGACAUGGAAUAUAUUUAUCAUACGCUUAUUAAUCAAACUGCACCUAACGAAAAAAUUAUACGAAGAGAUCUUCAUCGUACUUUUCCGAAACCUAUUCUUAAAGCAAUGGAACUUUAUAAAAUUCUUAAAGCAUACAGUCUGUAUGACCCAGAAGUUGGGUACACUCAGGGGAUGGCUUUUUUAGCAGGCCCAUUAUUACUUUAUAUGUCAGAUGAGGAAGCAUUUUGUAUGUUUGUUAAGCUUAUGAAGGAUUAUGAUUUCCGAAGCUUUUAUAUAGCGGGUAUGCCAGGGCUAAAUUUGCGUUUAUAUCAAUUUGAGAGAUUAUUGGAAGAUAAAUUGCUGGCAAUCUAUCUUCAUCUUCGUAGUCAAGGAGUCAGACCAUCUAUGUAUGCUUCACAGUGGUUUUUAACCCUUUUUGCUUAUAAAUUUCCGAUAAAUAUGGUGACAAGGAUUUUUGACGUUGUAAUAGCAGAAGGAAUUGAUUCAAUUCUUAAAUUCGCUAUCGCCUUGAUGAAAAAGAAUCAGGAAGAAAUUAUUUCUUUAAAAUUUGAUCAGCUCUUGAAUUUUCUAAAAGAAAAAAUUUUUUUUGUCUAUAGCACACCUGAAAAAUCGACAGCGAAGCUAUCUUGGCUGACUCAUGCAGCGGAUUAUCGCGUAGAUGAAUUUGUUAAUGAUGCUUAUUCAAUAGAAAUUACAGAAAAUUUGCUUUCUAAAUAUGCAGCAGAAUAUAAAGAAAUAAAAGAAUUAGAAAUAGAAAAAGAUAACGAAAUUAACAUAUUAAAAUCAGAAAAUUCUUCACUUUCUCUUAAAGUAAAAGACCUUCAAGAUUCUCUUAAUACACUGAGCGAGGAAAACAUUCAACUAGCAAACACUAUGAUCCAGAAUAAAAUACAGAUAGCCAGUCUAAUUGAUGAAAAUGAAGGAUUAAUUUCAAAAGUAUCUGAGCUAAAAUUAACAGUUGAAUCUCAACCAGCAGAAAUUGAAAAACGUAUGCAAUCUGAAAUUCAGAAGGUUGUAGAUAAAAAUCUACAAGUGAUAGACAAAAAUCGUAUACUCGAAGAUCAAAUGGCAGAAAUAGAAGCUGAACUUGCACAAACAAAAAUACAACUAGCUACGAUUAAUAAUGAACAUGACGCAUUAAAAAAAAAAUGGAAUGAAUUAAAAAAAGCACUUGAAAAUUAA